GCUCAUUACUUCGUAAAGAAAAACAAGUUGCGACUACUUUUUGAUACAUCAACACGAGAAUUUUUUUUUUUUUUGCCAAAUUGAGCAUUUUUUCCUCGGAAAAUCAAAACGAAACAUGAUAAGAUCAAAUAUAUUUCAUACUUUAAAUACUUGUACUUUAAAAAGAUGUACAUCUUACUGCCUGUCAGUAUGCUCGUUUCACAGGCGCUUAUUUUGCAGUCGAAAUACAAAUGAUGACGGCGAAGGUAGUUCAACUAAUUUACCAGCUGAAGGUCGAUAUGUUCCGCAAAGAAUUAAAAAGCGGCUAAAAAAUAAAGGUCUUGAUAUUGAUGACCUUGAAUAUAGAACAGGAGGCCAUACAACUUCCGAUAUUGAACUUGAACAGGCUAUACAAAACUCCAUUGUUGAUAAAAAUAUAGAAAUAGACUUCCCAUCAGAUAUUGAGAAAAGGAAAUAUCUUCGUAAUCAAGAGAAACAUGCAUAUAGACCUACUGAUAUUGAUCCUGAACAGACGUCAAUAUUGUUAUUUCCUGGCCAAGGCAGCCAGUUUGUUGGCAUGGGCAAGAAACUUUUGGCCUAUCCAGGUGUUGAGAAUUUAUACAACAAAGCCAGUGAGAUACUGGGAUACGACUUGCUAAGUGUUUGCAUAGGUGGACCUAGUGAGUUGUUAAAUAAAACAAUAUAUUGUCAACCGGCAGUUGUUGUUACAUCGCUUGCAGCUGUUGAAAGAUUAAAAGAAGAAUAUCCUAAGGCAAUGGAAAGAUGUGUUGCAGUAGCAGGUUUCAGUGUUGGAGAAUUAACUGCCCUUAUAGCAAGUGAAAUGAUUAGUUUUGAAGAUGGUAAUUAUUUAUUCUAAACUCAAUAAUUGCUG